CAUCGCAUCCGACGGUGAGCUCUCCCCCGUUUCCAUUAUCCUCGCGCACGCCUCCCUUCCUCCACACGCCCUUCUUCUUCUUCUUCUUCUUCUUCUUCUUCUUCGUCUCUCCCUUGCCUCUCUCUCUCUCCCUAAACUGACCUGCAAGUCAAACAACAACAGCAAUCAUGAUGUUGCAACAGGCGGCCACGCCCAUGUCCGCCCCCAUCCCUCCCCACCUUCAAUUCCACCCAUCCCCUAAACCCUUCAACCCCAUCCCCCUUGCUUCUCCCAAGCUCCGAGCCCACCUCGCCUCCAACUCCUUCCCCUCCUCGCUGCCCGUGGACGGGAGCUGCGCCCACGACGCCGCUCUGCUCUCCCUCCUCCGCCAGCGGCGGACCGACGAGGCCUACCAGGCCUACGCCCGCAGCCCCCUCCUUCCCGGACCCACCUGCCUCAGCCGCCUUCUCGCCCAGCUCUCCUACCAGCGCACCCCCACCGCCCUCGCCCGCGCCCGCGCCCUUGUCCGCCGCCUCCGCGACGAGGGCCAGCUCCACCGCCUCGACGCCAACUCCCUCGGCCUCCUGGCCGUUGCCACCGCCAGGUCCGGCGCCACCUCCUACGCCCUCGCUGUCCUCCGCACCAUGCUCCGCUCCGGGUACCUCCCCCACGUCAAGGCCUGGAGCGCCGUCGUCAGCCGUCUCUCCGCUUCCCCCGACGACGGCGGCCCCGGCGAGGCCCUCCGCCUCUUUGACUCCGUCCUCCGCCGCGUGCGUCGCGUCGCCGUCUCCACCGAUGCCCGCCCCGACGUCGCGGCGUUCAACGCCGCCCUCAACGCCUGCGCCAACCUGGGGGACGUUCGCAGGUUCGCGCAGCUGUUCGACGAAAUGCCGGAGUUCGGCGUCGAGCCUGAUGUCUUGACCCACAAUGUCCUGAUCAAGAUGUGCGCGAGGGCGGAGCGCAAGGACCUUCUGAUCUUCGUUCUCGAGCGACUCAUCACAUCAGGACUCGUCCCUUGCAUCACGACCUUGCACUCCCUUGUGGCGGCCUAUGUAGGUCUCGAUGAUCUGGUGACAGCUGAGAAAUUAGUACAGGCAAUGCGGGAAGGCCGACAGGACCUUUGCUUGAUACUCAGGCAAUCAAAUGACGGCACUUCGAUCGAUCGAAUUGAUGAGGAAGCUCAUGCACUUCUAGAAAAGCUAGUAAUGUAUCGCCAUUUAACCGAGUGCCAUGGUAAUGGCAAUGAGCCACCGCUGCUGCCUAAGGCUUAUUUCCCUGAUUCCAGAAUGUACACUACUUUGAUGAAGGGAUACGUGAAAGAAGGCCGAGUGGAGGAUGUAAUCCGCAUGACCCGAGCAAUGCAGCUGGAAGCAGAUCCUGCCAGCCACCCAGACCAUGUGACAUACACUACUGUCAUCUCCGCGCUCAUCAAAGUUGGGGCAAUGGACCGAGCUCGCAGCGUCCUCGCAGAUAUGGGCAAUGCUGGUGUUCCAGCCAACCGAGUCACCUACAAUGUCCUUCUCAAAGGCUACUGCCAGCAGCUCCAGCUAGACGAGGCAAAGGAGCUUGUUCGUGAUAUGUCCAAGCAUGCAGGUAUAGAGCCCAAUGUUGUCUCGUAUAACAUCUUGAUCGAUGGGUGCAUACUUGUUGAUGACAGCGCUGGAGCGCUGGCCUACUUCAACGAGAUGCGUGAGCGUGGAAUCACACCGUCCAAGGUCAGCUACACCACUCUGAUGAAGGCGUUUGCUUUGUCAGGCCAACCGAAGCUGGCUCAUAAGGUGUUUGAUGAGAUGGAGAAGGACCCAAGGGUUAAGGUAGAUAGGGUAGCCUACAACAUGCUGAUUGAAGGGUACUGCAGAUUGGGUUUGAUAGAAGAAGCUAAGAAAAUUGUGGAGAAGAUGAAGCAGAAUGGAUUCCAGCCUGACGUCGCGACCUAUGGAAGCCUUGCCAAUGGGAUAGCAUUGGCCAGGAAGCCAGGGGAGGCACUUCUGUUGUGGAACGAGGUUAAAGAAAGGUGUGCUGCAUCGCCACCUCUUCGGCCUGAUGAAGGAUUGCUUGAUGCUCUAGCUGAUGUGUGUGUGAGGGCGGCAUUCUUCAGAAAGGCGCUAGAGAUUGUGGCUUGCAUGGAGGAGAAUGGAAUUUCGCCGAACAAGACGAAGUACAAGAGGAUCUAUGUGGAGAUGCAUUCGCGGAUGUUUACAAGCAAGCAUGCCUCCCAGGCGAGACAGGACAGGAGGAAGGAGAGGAAGAGAGCGGCUGAGGCAUUUAAGUUCUGGCUUGGACUUCCGAACUCAUACUAUGGCAGCGAGUGGAGGCUUGAGCCUGUUGAUGUAGAUGAACAUGGAGCUAUCUAGUUUGCUUAAGGUCCUGCUUUUCCACAGUUGUGAUACCUCCAUCGGAGAAUGCUGAUCAUAUUGAAAGCUGGUUCUGGGUUCCAAUAUCUCAAAGGAAAAUGCAUCAUGGGCAGGACCUGCAUGUUUCAAAUGGGUUCCUAAUAUGAACAGCCUGGCUGUGGUACAAACAUUUGCAAGUGAGAAGAAAAUUGAGAUAGCGACCCAGCCAUCUAGAUGCAGGAGAAUUGGACUCAUACUUACAUAGGCGGAUCACCAUAGUCAAACACAAUGACCUUUCUAAAUAUGUGAUUCAGUUAUUUCUGAGCAUAUAUCAGUUGGCAGAAGUGCCGUAUGUGCAGUAUCUUAAGUCUGAGUCCUGCUUUAUGCUUGUAUUUGUGAGCAAAACGACAUUUGAAAUAAAACGGAGAUAAUAUUGUAUUCA